AUGACUUCCGCAGAAGAAAAAAAUACACUUUUAGUAGAUUUGCAUGUUAAAUAUAUUCAAUCACUCGACACGAAAAAAGAUGAUUUGGAAUAUUGGCUUACUGAGCAUUUACGUUUGAGUGGUGUUUAUUGGGGUUUAACAGCUUUGGAUCUGUUAGAUCAUGUUGACGUACUUAACAGAGAAGAUGUAGUUAAAUAUGUGGCUUCUUGUCAACAUGAAAAUGGAGGAUUUGGUGGACAUAUUGGUCAUGAUCCGCAUUUAUUAUACACAUUGUAUGCAGUUCAAAUUUUAGUAAUAGAAGAUUCUUUGGAAUCAGUUAAUGUUGAUAAAAUUGUUGAAUAUGUCACAUCUCGACAAGAUCGAACUACUGGUGCUUUUACAGGCGAUGAAUGGGGAGAAAUUGAUACAAGAUUCUCGUAUUGUGCACUAUCAUGUCUUUCACUCUUAAAACGGUUAGAUGCUGUGAAUAUUCAAAAGGCAGUGGAAUUUAUAAUAUUGUGUAAAAAUUUUGAUGGUGGAUUUGGAAGUACACCCGGUGCAGAAUCGCAUGCAGGCCAAAUUUUUUGUUGUGUUGGUGCACUUGCUAUAGUGAAUUCAUUACAUCUUGUUGAUGCAGAUUUGCUUGGAUGGUGGCUUUGUGAACGCCAAUUAAAAAAUGGGGGAUUAAAUGGGAGACCAGAGAAACUUGAGGAUGAUCCUGAAUGUGGAGGCAUUGCUGAUAGACCAGGUGAUAUGGUCGAUGUGUUUCAUACAUUAUUUGGGAUUGCAGGAUUAUCAUUACUUGGUUAUCCAGGAUUGAAAUUAGUAGAUCCAGUUUAUUGUUUACCAAAAUAUGUUGUUCAAAGAAUUGGUCUAGCAGAGAAAUAUCAUAUAUAA